GCCGGCAGGGAGGGCGGGAUGGGGUCACCUGCCCCGUGGUGCCCAUGUCCAGUGGAGGUGCUGACCAAGGACACCCCCAUCGCCGUGUGCUGCUCUGACGUUCCUGCGGGAACCCGUGUCUGGUAUUUGGGGUAUGGGAGUGGGUGCUGUGGACCGGUCCCGCGAGCUUCCCGGCGCCUUCCGCCCGCCCGUCCCGGCCGCCGGGUACAAAUGGGUUUGUUGACUGCCUGCCGGUCUCGUGAUGUCUGCGCAGACUGACCUGAAGUCAGGAUCGCGUUUGGGCUUCUCGGUUUCCAUGACGACCGUGGGGGCUGGCUCGGUCCCAAGGUCGCCAUGGCAACUAUCGGAGGGCUCAUGCCGGGGAUGCUUUGGCUGGGUUUUUCAUGAAUGAUUAGAAUGUGUGACACAAUGCAGACGUGAGGACGGCGGGGGCGGCGGCGAGGACGACUCCCGCCAGACGGUCGAACGCUCGGCAGGGCGGCGGCUCCCCCACCUCCCUGGUCUCUGACUGCGGCCCCCGGACCUGCCGCCCCUCAGGAACCCCACACCCCCUUGGGCUGCAGGGUCCUCACUCAGGGGUAGCUGAGUUGGAGGUGGUGAUGUCACAGCUGCAGCGGCCCGGGCUGUGCUACGAGUUCCAGGGAGCUCUGUCCUGGUGACUGUGCCCAGGUUAUGACGACUAAUCCCAAACCGAACAAGACAUUAAAGGUCAAGAAGGAGGCGGGCGAGAACGCUCCGGUGCUCAGCGAUGAUGAGCUGGUAUCCAUGUCGGUGCGGGAGCUGAACCAGCACCUGCGGGGUCUCACCAAGGAGGAGGUCACCCGCCUGAAGCAGCGUCGGCGCACGCUCAAGAACCGCGGCUACGCGGCCAGCUGCCGCAUCAAGCGGGUGACGCAGAAGGAGGAGCUGGAACGGCAGCGCGUGGAGCUGCAGCAGGAGGUGGAGAAGCUGGCGCGCGAGAACAGCAGCAUGCGGCUGGAGCUGGACGCCCUGCGCUCCAAGUACGAGGCGCUGCAGACCUUCGCGCGCACCGUGGCCCGGGGACCUGUGGCGCCCUCCAAGGUGGCCACCACCAGCGUCAUCACCAUCGUCAAGUCCGCUGAGCUCUCCUCCACCUCCGUGCCCUUCUCGGCCGCAUCCUAGUGCCGGCUGGGGGCGGGGAGCGGCGGGCAGGCGGGCGGGGGCGCGCCCCUCGUACCUGUCACUGGGAUGCAGACUCUCGACAUCUGAGUCCAAGCGCAGGCCCCUCGGGCGCAAGCAACUCACACCAGGAUGAGACUGUGGUGCAGGGUGAAGAGUGGGCUUCCGUGGGCGCAGAGCUGCAUGCCGGUCCACACACACACUCACGCCCACCCCCUGCUCCCCGCAGGAUGCGUCUGUGUGUGGGAAUUGGCAUCUUGCACCCGUGGGAGUCGGGACGUAUAACGGAAAGGCCCUCGGGAAGUUCCGCCAUCCCCUGCGGGGGCUGCCAGAAGACACGGCCCCAGGAGUCAGGCCCCUGUGGUCAGGUCAGCGUGGGGCUUGUUUUCCACUCCAGCUGGGAGCAGCCUUCGACACCUGUCCUGUUGUGUCCUCCCAGCUGGUGCGGGAGCCCCUCGCUGCCCUGACCGACUCCGCAGACCCCGGGGAGGAGCAUGGAUGGUGCGUCGGCAGCUCCGUCCUUCCAGCUGUCCUGUUGCAGUUGCCCGUGACCCACGUCUGCCUUAGCAGGGGCUUGUGCAAGUGGGCAUGGUGUGGGAGGCCGCUUGCGUGGGGUGGUGUCUGUGUGUGUGCACGUGUGUGUGUGCAGGCCCGCCUGCCAUCGCAGCACUAGGGCUGAGGGGGCAGGUGUUCACCGGGGGUGGGCCUGUGGGCAUGCGUGGCUGAGAGAGUGGCUCAUAUGUCAUGAGGUCUCCCCUGUGCUCUGCUGACCCGAGGAGGUCGUGCAGCACAGCACAGAAGCCCCACCCACGGGAGCCGGCCCCUGAGACACCAACCCCGCAGGCCAUCCUGGACCUCAGCGGACACGGACAGGAGCAUCCCAUCAUUUGAUGGUGAGCAGGACUCAGGCUGUGUCCUGGAGCUGCUUCUCGCCAGCUGUGGUCAGUGCAGGGGAAACGAGGAGGUCUUUUGGGGGCCUAGAGGGGAAGGGCCGCUGCAGUCUAGGGAGAGGGGGUGCAGCCUGGGGGACGUUGGUAGAUGUGGACGUGGAGGUGGGAGGGAGAGGAUGUUGCAUUGGGUGGCGGGAGGAGGCGGGAGCCGUGUAUGAGAGCUGGUGGAAAGGCUUGAGGGGCAGGACCAGGAUGCAGCUGGCUUAUACAAGAGCUCAGGAGUGAGGCUGGUACUCUGGAGGGCGUGGUGGGCGGGGAGGCGGCAGGCACCAGGCCAGGAGAGCCUCGUGGAGGUGGCUCCCACGUGCACACCCCCAGGAGCACAGCCACGGGCUGCAGUUGUGGCCUUGGCACUCAGUCCUCACCCGGAGCCUUCCUCUGUUCCUCCUUUCCCGAGCACCAAGGCACUGGUGGGCUUGGCACUCCACCUUGGGCUUCCUUUUCCUGGAGUGCCACCUUGAGGGUCCCUGCUGUGACUGGGGUAUCUGCAGCGGGUGUCGCAGAGCACCUGCCUGGGGGAGUUGGCGGAAUGUGAGCCGCUGGCCGGGGGCUGCCACCUAGGACAUGCAAGGUGGUGCCUGGGGCCCCAGCUCCCUCUCGGCUGCCCCUGCCCACCCAGUAACACCCCCACCGGCUGCAGAGCCCAGGCCGAUGCCAGCCACGCUGGGAGGGCGGAGGACAGACAGCCCCGGGGCGGCAACUUGGUUCUGUGUCUACUGUUAGAAGUGAGUGGGGAGCUGCAGGCCCGCCAGGACCACUGGGUCCCGUGGAGCAAAGGCCUGCGUGUUCCCAAACAGCCGUUGCCCCCGUGGCCGUGGUAGGUAAUCCAUAUUGGAUGUCAUAAGGACCAGGGGGAUAUUUAAAGAGAGAAACAGAAACUAUAUAGAGAUAUAAAAUUAUAUUCACAGUUUAUCUACAGAUUUUUCGUAACAAUCUUUCUUUUCCAGUUUGAUACUGUAAAUCUAUCAGAGCAGAGCUUGGGGGCACGGGCACAGGUGGGAGUUGGGAGCAAACCGGAGGCCCAGGCUGCCCACCGUCCCCCUCACCACGGACUGCACCAGGCCGCUGGGCCCCCACAGGACAGGCCACAGCGGGUGGCCGGUUCUGUCCCAUCUUGGGGUUCUUGGUGUCCACGUCUUGUGGGCCGUGGGCGACCACCUGCCCUCGGUCUGUGGUGCUUUGCUGGAGAGGGGACUCCCCGGCCCCCAGGGUGGACGGAGCCGCUGUCACCGCCCAGAGCCGGGCCAGGGAAGCAUGGCGCGUUCUGCUUUUCCUUUCGGAUCGUUGAAAUUUCAUUGUCAUGAUUUAAUAUAUGGAUUUUUUUAUUUAAAAAAAGACGAAGGCCUCUUUGCCGCGUGGGUUUGUUUUCUGUCUCUGUGCCUCCGGCUUCCCAAAGAGAUCCAGGUCUUUGCGUUUCCAGGGCGUGGGGACCCCUGCCCCCCACACCCCCACACCGCCUCACCCUGGCCUCUGUGCUACUUGGCAGUUCUAUUUCAAUAUUUAUUUUUGUGCUGCUUUUUAUCAUGAUAUAAAUUAUUGAGAACAGAUCACAUGUGGGCCCGUGUCUGGCCGCCGCCGCCCUGCCCCGUCCCUGCGGCCACCACCUAAUUUAUUGCCGUGCGUCCUGCUGCUGUGACUGCUUUUGUACCUUUGCAAUAAAGAAUUUUCUGGUUUCAGA